AUAUUGGCAUGAAUUCUUUGAAUCACCUACUCCUUCAUUUCGCCUGGCAGAAUGAGCAACCAAGACCACAUGAAUGUCAUUCUCGGCUGUAUGACCUUUGGGUCUACAGGAGGCGGAGCCCGCGUCAAGACGAACGAGGCCGCCACUGAGAUCAUCUCGGCCUUCCGAAAGUACGGCCACACAGCCCUGGACACCGCACGGAUCUACACGGAUGGACAUACCGAGGAAAUGAUGGGCCAACUCGACCUCGAAGGCCUCACGAUCGACACCAAAUGUUUUCCGUUACAGCUCGGUGGUCUGCGUCCCGAAAGAGUCAAGGAGUCACUGCAGGAAUCCCUGGACGCACUCAAGAAGGACAAGGUCCAUGUCUUUUAUCUGCACGCCCCUGACUAUGCGACACCGAUUGAGCAGACUCUCGAGGCCGUGAAUGAGCUGUAUGAGCAGGGCAAGUUUGAAAUAUUUGGUCUCUCGAAUUACUCGGCCUGGGCGGUGACGCAGAUCUAUUAUCUGUGUAAGAUCAAGGGCUACGUACUGCCGACGGUGUACCAGGGCAUGUACAACGCGUUGACGAGAAGCAUUGAGCCGGAGCUGUUUGCUUGUUUGGACGAACUGAACAUCAGGUUCCAUGCAUACAAUCCUCUCUGCGGAGGUGUCCUCACGGGUGCUUACACCUAUCAGGGUGAGGUUGAGGAAGGAUCGCGUUUUGAUCCUAAAGCCAAGCAGGGCGCUCGGUAUCGCGAGCGCUACUGGAAGAAAGAGUACUUUGAGGCGGUCGAGGUGCUAAAGAAGGCAUGCGAGCCGCAUGGACUCGAUUUGGUCCAGGUUGCAUUCGACUGGUUGCAGUUCCACUCCAAGAUGCAUGUUGCACGCGGGGAUGGCAUCAUCAUCGGGGCGUCGUCAUUGAAGCACACGGUUCAGAAUCUGGAUGCACUGAAAAAUGGAGAGCCGCUUCCGCAGGAGGUACUGGAGGCGGUCGAUCGGUGCUGGGAUAUCACACGUGAAAGCUCGGCGCCGUAUUUCAGAACCAAGGAGCAGAUGAUGGGGCCCAGAUAAAGAGUCGUUAAGCAGUUGUGCGAUCGUUUUCUGAGAAUAGAACCAAAUAAAGAGAAAAGGUGAAUGCUAUCC